AUGACUUCUAGGCUAGGCUCAUCCGCAACCGCCAUUGCCCAGGGUUCCAUAAAUGGAGAGCCUUUUUCAGUCCGAACCGAACAAACCAAACCGCAUCCUGUGAGCUGUGCAUUUUCACGACUUUCAACCAAGGCCAUUAGCCAGAAGGAGAAUUUCUGCUGUAUCAAGUCGCCAACAGCUAUGGCUUUUCGUGAGAUACGGUUUCGCCUCUACUCAGCGCGGGGAGUCAAGCGACCAGCGCCGCACAUAGCCAUCCAUCCCGUAGCUGUGGUGUCACUGCCGGGGUUUGAUCCCACGACCUACCAGAGCAGGCGUAUGGACGAGCCGUGCGACGACCCCAAGUGGGACGAAACGUUCAUCUUUCAGAUUCGCGCCGACUGUGUUCGCACUGCUGCUGCGAUUGUGAUUCAGGUAUUUAGCGACAGCGACCUCUCUUUCUACUGUGGCGCUGCAGUCGUCCGCCUAUCCGUGGCGCAAGCGGAAAAGCACCGCAUUCCGCUCGUCGACCAAUCCGGUGUCAGAAACGGUUACGUAAAGCUAUCAAUCGCCAUAAGUCAACACAUCAUAACCGAGACUGAAACGGUCGGCCCAUUCGAAGGGGCCCACGCGGGAUUCGUCGGUGCACAUGCCGGAAUGAUUGCCGGGCCGGGUGUCCUUGUCCCGCCUCCUCUGCACGCCGCCCCUGGUACUGGCGCCUACAUGCCCGCCGUGGGGCCUUAUGGCGCGCCCGUUGCCCAUCCUGCUCCUUUCGCGGGGCUCUCACCGCCGCUGGGUUACAUGGGCGUUCCUCCGCCUGUGGCGGAGGAAGCGGGUGAAGGAUGGGAUGAGGAGAACGCUGAGGCGGAAGGGAUGGUGGGAGAGCGUCCCCCGACUCUGAAGAGCGUUGGGCGGAGCAAGAGCUGGGGGCAAGGGCUGUUCAACGGGAUCAUGCGCAUGGUGCGGAGCAAGUCUGGGCGGUUCGAGAAAGAGAAGGAGAAUGUGCAAGGUGAUGAGGCGGGACAGGGGCAGUUCGAGAUCCUGCUCUCGCUACAGCAACCCCUGCGUGCCGAUGCCGCGGUCACCGACGUGUACAAGCCCUUCUGCGACAGCAGCAGCUACGUGGAUCCUCCCCCCAGCGGGUGGAAGAAAUGGAGCGACCCGGCGACGUGGCCGGGGGGAAAAAUACCGGGCGUGGGCAUGAGCAUGGGAGUCAACGCCACCGUGCCGUGCGGCGUGGGCGUGCUGUUAGACACCAACGUCACGCUCUACCUCCUAGAGAUCAACGGCUGGCUCAAGGUGGAAGCGUUAGGUCCUCUGCAGGUGAUGGCGGCAUUUAUUUUAAAUCAGGGCCGCGUCACCGUUGGCACCGCCGCGGCGCCAUACCGCGGCCGGCUAACCGUCAACCUUACCGGCGCCGCCAACGAGCUCACCAUCACGCGGCCCCCCGCCGCGCCGUCCCAGCCGCGGUCCGUGGGCGUGCGCGUGUUCGCGACCGUCGGCGGGCGGCUCGAGCUCAACGGCAUGUACGGCAACGCGCCCUCGUGGACCACGCUCGCCGCGACAGCCGCCGCAGGCUCGACGAGCAUUCGCGUGAAGGGCGACGUGACGGCGUGGCCGGUGGGCGGAGUGAUUGCGAUCGCGUCGACGGACUUCGACCGUUACCAGGCGGAGAACUUCACGAUUACGUCCGUGGCUGCCGGUCCGGGCAACACGACGGUGCUGGGGCUGAGCGGGGCGCUGGCGUGGAUGCACUGGGGAGAGGCGGUGACAUCAGGCCCCGCGGGGGCGGGGGGAAGCGCAACGGUGGACGAGGCGGCGGAGGUGGCGUUGCUGUCGCGCGCGAUCGUGAUUCAGGGCCACCAGAACCCCGAGGACCCGCUGAUCGGCGGGCAUUUCAUGGUGAUGCAGACGGCGGAGCGGCAGCUCAUCAAGGGCGUCGAGCUCGUCAACAUGGGCCAGCAGGGCAGCCUCGGCCGCUACCCCUUGCACUUCCACCUCUGCCAGGAUGUGUCCGGCUCGGUGGUCAGCAGUUGUAGCGUGCAUGAUAGUAAUCAACGGUGCUACGUGGUGCAUGGCACGUGGAAUCUACGGCUGGAGUGGAAUUUGGGGAUUAAUACCAAGGGGCACUGCUUUCUGCUGGAGGAUGCGAUUGAGUUUGGCAACACGUUUGUCAACAACCUUGGCUUCCUGCAGGAGCCAGUGAAGCGUCUGCUGCAGCCCACAGACGCCAUUCCAGCCACUCAGAGUGACGACGUGCCGUCCACGUUUUGGAUCACCAACCCCAACAACACGUUCAUCGGGAACGUUGCUGCUGGGUCGUUCGACUCGGGCUUCUGGUUCCAGCUACCCGGCCGGGUGGAGGGGCCGUCAGCGCUCUUCCCGAACGCGGCAGGCGUGACGCCGUUCCUGAUCCCGCUGGGCCCGUUCGUGGGCAAUGCAGCGCACUCCAACGGCCGUGCGGGGCUGCGCACGUAUCCCUCGGGAUACCGCCCGCGCCUCAACGGGGGGGUCUCCAACGUGCAGGAGAAGGCCGGGAUCAACGCGCCGCAGGUGAACAUCACAAUGAUGGGCUUCCGGGCGUACAAGAACCAGUUCAUAGGCAUGUUCAUUCACAAUUCAGACGGGGUGCACAUAAGGGGAGCGCGGGUGGCGGACAAUGCAGUGGUGGGCAUCGAGCUCAACCGCGACCAGGCUGUUGUGAUAGCAGACUCGGUGUUCAUAGGCGAGUCGGCCAACAUAGGAAACCCCACCAUGUGCGACAACCCCAGCAACACCUUUGGCGGCUGCAAGGCGCUUGCCUCCGCUGGCGUCUGCGACCUACCGCUGCCGCUCGCAAAGGCGCGCUCCAACAGUCGAACAGUGAGUCGCUAUGCACCCAAGUACGGCAUAUUAAUCGACCAGGCAGACCCACCGGGCCACGGGUGGAGCAUGGGCGUGCCUCACCGCAUUGUCAACUGCUCCUUCUCCGGCUACUACCCCCGCUGCCACCCUGCUGCCGGCAUCUCACCCAACGGGCAUGCAGCAUACAUCUGGCCAGCAACCUACACCAGCAGCGGACUCUCCUUCCCCGACGCCGCCUCCCCCGCGCUCUACCUCGUGCCGCGGAACCGAGGCCAGCUGGGCUUUGACGGCGGGUACGGGGACGCGGGGCCGCUGGCGGGCACGUACGUGUGGCACGAUGAGGAUGGCGGGGGAUGUGUGCACAGCGGUGAGUUGUGGGGCUUUGACGGCGGGUACGGGGACGCGGGGCCGCUGGCAGGCACGUACGUGUGGUGCGAUGAGUAUGGGUCUGUGGUGGGCGGGAGUGGAGGGUUUGCAGUGGCGAAUAAUACGGCGUUGCUGCCUGCAGGGGAUGUGUGCACUGCGGUGAGUAGUGGUGCGAAACCCGAAUGGAACGGCUAUGCAUGUCCAGGCACAUGCUACCGCACUGUCUCCAUCCAAGGGGGUAGCGCAGGCUUCACACUGAUCCCAGCCGGAGGGAGCAGCAGUGGGGGAGCGACCAUAUCCAGCAACGGCGCGCAGUUUGUGAACGUGCUGGCGGGGAGAGCGUAUGUGGUGACUCCUGGGGGGAGCGGCUCUGCUUCUGCUGCGCCAGUGGCGUAUACAGUGUCGUAUGCCGAUGGGGGGUUCGGAUGCACGCUGCCCGUGGUGCUGCAGUUCCCGAUGCCCCGUGCGGGAUACACGUGGCAGCUGUCUCCUUCUGAUGACAUCUUCUGGCAGGCGUGCAGCGGGGUGACGCUGCCGUUUGCGACGAUUGCCCAGGCGCAGUGGCUGUGUCUGGACGCUGCGCCCGUGCUGCAGGUGUCCCUCGGUGCCAACUCCUCCGCCAGUGUCGUGCUCACGCAGGUCCCCGGCAACUUCUCCUGCGUGAACAUCCAAUGCGGCAUGAUUCCGCCCUCCUCCAACUGGAGCUACAGCGACACCAUGAAGUACCCGCCUGAGUUUCUCGCAUAUGCGCCGCCCGCCAGGUGGAAGGUGGGGCGCGCGCCCUUUGGCUACGGCGGCCAGGGCGAGGUCACCACCGUCGCACACGCUGGCCCGGGUGCGCUGGCAUGGUACUUUCGCACGUCCUUCUCGCUCAAGUACGCGGGGUGCUACCGCUCGCUGCUGUUUGGCUACAAGGCGAGCGACGGCAUAGUGGUGUAUGUCAAUGGCGCCGAGGCCUUCCGCUCCAACAUGCCCGCUGCUUCCUCCUCCGCUCCUGUCACCAUCUCCACACCCGCCGUGAUAGACGCGAGCCCACGAGCGCCCUGGUCCACAGCAAUAGUCUCAGUGAGCAACGUGCGGCUCAUGUCGGGGCGCAACUCAAUAAUGGUGGAGCUGCAUGCCACGCAGGCAUACGCAUGGGAGGUGCACCUCAACAUGUGGGUCGCUGCCGUCGGCUCCAGCUGCCCCCUCACGCGCUUCUUUGACCAGCGGUCCUCACUCGCGUUCACCGCUGCCGCUGCUGGGAUUGGCACUGGCGCUUCUGCCGGCAAGUGA